UCCGUGUAAACAAAUACGUAAUCGCCAUUACUUUAGAUGUUGCAGGAUUAAAAUGGAGAGUCCGGCGAUAACUUUUACCCUGGCCUAUGUUGUCUUCGCCUUUUGCUUCGUGUUUACUCCCAAUGAGUUCCGUUCAGCCGGGUUGACCAUCCAGAACCUGUUCUGGUCCUGGCUCGGCAGUGAGGACGUAGGUUUCAUCCAGUACCACGUCCGGAGGAGCAGCGUCACCGUCCUGGUCCACUCCGCCCUGCCGCUAGGAUACUACUUGGGGAUGUGCCUGGCUGAUCCAGAAAAAAACUUGUUAUAUAUUCACCAGGUGAGUGACGGCUGGAGACUGAUCUUCCUCACAGCUUUGCUUCUCCAGUUGGCCAGUUGGGUCCUGGUCUUCUACUGGUCCCGGGGGAACUGGUCCAACCAUCCCAUCAGCCGAAGUCUCCAGGCGCAUGUCAGACCUCCUCAUGGCAGCUGGGGCGCUGUGGCGUCCAACAUCAACACAGAGUUUAGGCGCAUCGACAAGUUCACCACCGGAGCACCAGGAGCCCGAGUCAUCAUCACUGACAGCUGGGUGAUGAAGAUCACCACCUAUAGUAUACACAUGGCAUCUCAGGAUGACUGCCAUGUGACCGUGACCGAGUCCCGGCAGCACCAACUCAGUCCAGACUCGCCUUCUCCGGUCCAGUACCUGACGUUGAGAGUCCACAGCAUCAACUCUGCGGUCAAACCCUUUGACAUCAGGCUCAACUCCACCGAGUACACCGAACUCCGGGAGAAGCUGCACGCUCCCAUCAGGAAUGCUGCCAAUGUGGUGAUCCACCAGACCAUCAGCGAGCUUUUCCUGGACACGUUCCGAGCUCAGGUGGAGCUGAACCAGCUCUACACACUCCCCAGUGGACAGGAAGUGGAGCCUUGCAUCGGCUGCAUGCAGGUUCCAGCCAACACCAAACUGGUCCGACUUUGCCAACCAGAGGAUUUGGCCCAUGAGUGCCAGCAGUGCUUCUGCAGACCAAUGUGGUGUCUCUCUUGUCUGGGUCGAUGGUUUGCCAGUCGCCAGGACCAGCAAAGACCUGAGACCUGGUUGUCGAGCAGAGUUCCCUGUCCCACCUGCAGAGCCAAGUUCUGCAUCCUGGACGUGUGUCGGGUCCACUGACACACUCGCACACACUCUUGUUGAGAGGGAAUGUUUUAUUUUUGGACAAUGACCUGCCUCACUGUCAAGUGUUGGAUGGGUGCACCUCAAUGAAUGGCCUGAAGUUGUUCACUCACAAGCCAAGAAGUGUUGGAGAAACGUGUGUGCUUCACUGCAGAGGUCAUGUUUGAUGCCAAAUGGUGGUUUGAACAAACAAAUGAUAUAUUUUUUAAUAAUACAUGUGAUGUCUGAUGCAGGUUCUGUUCAACAUCUCUGAGCUCAUGCUGCGUUUGUCCGUUCUCUUAGUAAUUCAAAAGCCAAUGAGAACUUCAGUAGAUCAACACAAAUGUGUUAUAAUGUCUAAAGAAAGUAAAACCAUUUUGAUGAUUGGAAAUAGUGCAUUUUUGUUGGCAGUAUUUGUAAAUAUGUGGAAUCAAAUAUUUUAAAAAUACUAAU